CUCUCUCUCCCCCCAAUUAUCCCGCACGCAGCACAUAAACUGUGGUGCCACAACCGCCUCGCAUCCAUUCGCGUCGCUGCUCUUGGCUCCUUGGUGUGGCAGGGAAUAAAAAAAAUCAUGGACAACGCUUCCCUGGACGCCAUCCUAAGUGGUGCCGAGGACGUUGGGGAAGACUACUACAGCCUUCUGGGUUGCGACGAGCUUUCUUCGACGGAGCAGAUUUCGGCAGAGUUCAAGUGCCAAGCCCUUAAGUGCCACCCAGACAAACACCCCAGCGACGCCUCUGCAGCGGAGCACUUCAAGAAGCUGCUGCGAGCCAAGGAGGUGCUGACGGACAGCGAGACGCGGGGCCGCUACGACAAGUGGCGUCGCAGCGGCCUCGCCAUUCCCUUCGAACAGUGGAACGCGCUGAGCAGCUCCGUGCAGACGUCCAUGCACUGGGCCACUCGCAACAAGAAGGAGCCGAUGCUGGAGGACGCUGGCACCAACGCCACGGGUGGCCGUGGGGCCGACGAGGCCCUGGGGGCUCGUAGCAAGGAGGACGCGGCGCGCGAGGGUGACUCUCCCGACGGCUCGCUACCCAAGAGCCCCACCUCACCCGGUUCCCAGGAGACAUCCUACUGGCGUAACAGCUUCAGCUGGUCAUCCGACGCUCCGUCAGAGUUGCUGAGAAAGUUUAGAAACUACGAGAUAUGACGGUCUUCCGAGGAAAACGAUGCAACGUGACAGUGAACAUACCCGACUCCAUGCCGAGCGUUAUAGAAAGUUAAGAAAAACCAGGCAUUUGUGAACGGUCCAGUCGAUCAAUCAAGUGAGAGAAUGUGCAGCAUGCGGGUACCUCACAAUGCAAUGAAUGCAGUGUAGGCCCAAUUGCUGCUAUAAUAAAGUGAAGGUCAACUGGGCACAAGUCACAAAUCGCAACUUCAGUUCAUGGCCAUCGUCCUCCAAGCUGCAGUGUAGAAAAUGUGUGCUGUACAUUAUAGUGAUUUUGCUUGUGGAUACAAAAAUAAAUGUUUAAUUGCAAAGAGAUGAACUGUUAUUGUGAACAUGUGCAAAUGAUUGCUAGUGUGCUUUCACAUUGUUGGCAUAAAACUUCGCAAUCUAAGUAAUUGUUUCAUUUAAUGGCCAAUGUUCCUUCAAAGUUUGUACUAAUGAUAAAAUUAUUAAUGGACACAACUCCGUAAAAGAAACUGAUAAAACACACAUUUGAGAAUAAUUUCUGACUGCAAAAUAUGUUUAAAGCUUUGAGGUUGCUAGUAGCAGGUAUAUUUUAUCCAGCUGAAAUAAAAAAAAUUGUUCUUAAGAUGUCACAUUAUUCAUAAGCUAUACAUAAAAAAAUGUUAAACUAAAUUACAUUACAUAUAAGGGAUACCAAUAUAUUGUAACCUAUCAAAAUUAAUACAAGGGGUUCAUUUAUAAUAGCUCAAAUUCAACUGACAGAUAAUUCAAUAGGCAGUUUAAAGCUGUCGAUAUUCAUUGUCAAAUAACCCAAGCUGGUUAAGAGGGAUCCAUUUGUAAAAUGUGUUCAAGGCAAAAUGAAAUGGAGAGAAAAAUGUAACAAAAUUUGGCUUUAAAGACUUUUUUGGGCUUUGUUAAUACCAUGUUGUAAAAUUCCAAUGUGAAAAUGUACCAGUGUUGAGAUUGUCAGCAAGUGUGGUGUGUACUGUGCAUUCGUGCACUUCAUCUGCAUAAUAAAAAUGGUGAUUGCA